AUGCUCAUCUCUCUCCUCACGGUCUCCGCCUCGUUCUGCCUCUCUUCAGAGAAAAUAGCAUUACUCCUCCUCUCACUCUCUCAAUCGUCUCUCUUCUCUCUCUCAUGGCUCCCUUCGCUCUUCAAAGAAAUGAAGGGAGUAAACUUCUCUUGUGUAUCACCAGCAUCAGCUGCAGUGUGCACAAGCAUCGACCGCCGUUCAAUGGUUCGUCCUACAAUCAUUGGACGGUCAUCAUCUACCGGUCGACACUUGAGAACCAAGUCUGUCAGUCAAUUGCCGAAACCUGCUGGCUCAAAGCCUAAGUCUUAUAACACUGAAAAGUUUCGAAAGAGCUUAGAUUACAGGCAUAGUGAUCUAAAAAGCCCUGCAGACUCUUCAAGAUAUUUGCUCGACGAUACAACUUUUAUCGACAUGUAUCCUGAGUUCGAGCCAAAAUCUUCAUCCUUGACGGUGUUCGAUCAUGACAAGGUUUUGGCACGAUCGCCGAUAUGCACUGGUACACCAAGGCUUUUUAGGCCUAUGAAGGAAAAUGAAGCGUCUUCAACACUUGUAAGGUCAUCUUCUGCUAGAACACACCAGAACAAGGCUUUAGCUCAAUCUCUAGUGAAAAAAGACGAUACAUCGACAUCAUCUGCUCCAAGGCCUUCUAAUUCUACUAAAUCACAUCAUGAUCAGGUGGUGGUUUUAAGGGUGUCAUUGCAUUGCAAAGGAUGUGAAGGGAAGGUGAGAAAACAUAUAUCUAAAAUGGAAGGGGUCACAUCUUUCAACAUAGAUUUUGCGACGAAGAAGGUAACUGUGAAGGGCGAUAUAACGCCGUUGGGGGUUCUUAACAGCGUUUCGAAGGUGAAAAACGCGCAAUUUUGGCCAUCUGGGCCAUCUAGCGCAUGAACAGAUUGUAUUAUGUAACUUCAUGAUGAUGUUUGUAAAAGAGUAGUACUGAAUGUUUCCAAGCGUUUUGUGUAUGAAAAGACUAGAAAUCGAAGGAACGACCUUUGGUUUUCCUCUGCCUUUUGCUUUUCUCUCUCAGGUUCAAAUUUAGCAGAAAGGGUAUCGUAGCCACAGUCCAAGUUCACAACUUUGAAGGUUCUUUUGUCCAAAGCUGGAUAACUUGAAAGGAUGCUAAGGGAUGCAAUUUUAUGGUAUGAGUGGGCGCUUUAUGUAAAGUUCUGUUUUAUACUUUUCCUCAAUCUGAGACCCUUUGUUGAUUGUGCUGUUACUUUCAACAGCCGGAAUGAGUAAAACUUUUUCUAGGAGUAAGGGCCAUUCCUAGUGUGUUUUUUUUUUUUUUUUUGGAUAAGAAAUUUGAACAUAGAGUAUA